GUUAAUUAUAUGUGCUUUAAAAUGUUAAUAAUUGACCAUAAGUUUGUGUUAUUUCCUUUCAAACGUGUAUAGUCCCCUUAAAACCAGUAAAAUAUGUCAUUUUCUGUGAACACUAAUGGGACUUUGUGGUUGAAGAAUGAAAACAAGAGGUGGCUAUCAUAGCAAGAGUGGCGCGCGCAAAAACCUAAUCACUACGUCAAAGGCCAAGGUGAUACUCCAAGACCAAGAAAGAGGAGACGCCGUUGAUAGAACCGAAUGCUGAACCGGAGGAAGAAACUAGAAAUGCAGAGCUGAUGAGAAAGAAGAAGGCAUACAGAACAACAGGAGAUGAUGAACCACUUGCAAAGAAAGCAAAGUCAGCGAAUGAAGAAACAAUCACUGCCAAAAAGUUAGAGAAAGAGGAAGCAGAGGCUGUUGAACAGGAAGAUAGAGCAGAAGAAGAACCAGUGAGAGCAGUUGAAGUACCAGUAAGAAUAAAUGUAGAAACAGUAAGAGCAGAUGAAGAACCAGUGAGAGAAGAUGAAGAGCCAGCGUUUGAAGCAGAUGAAGAGCCGAUAAGAGCAGAUGAAGAAUCAGUUAAACAAGAUGUAACACCAGUAAAAUUAGAUGAAGAGCCAGAAAGCGCAAAUAAAGAACCAGUAAUAAAAAAUGUAGAAACGGUAAGAGAAGAUGAAGAGCCAGUAAAAGCAGAUGGAGAGCCAGUAAGAGCAGAUGAAGACUCAUUGAUAGAAGAUGAAGAAGCAAUAAGAGAAGAUGUAACAACAGUAAGAGAAGAUGCAGAAACAAUAAGAGAAGAUACGGAACCAGUAAAAGCAGAUGAAGACACAGUAAGAGCAGAUGAAGAACUGGUAAGACCAGAGGAAGAACCGGUAAGAGCAGAUGAAGAACAAGUAAGAGUAGAUAAAGAAUCGGUAAGAGCAGGUGAAGAACCAAUUAGAGCAGAUGAAGAACCAGUACGAGCUGAUGAAGAAUCAAAAGCACACACAUCUCGAUAUUACCGUCUACUAAGGGACGAUGAAAAUCCGAUGCGGUUUGGGAUACAAGCUAAAGACCCGAAAGCGCUGGUGAAUUUGACCGAACACGUUUCGUCUGGUAGUAGUGAUGACCACCAAUCGAAGUACAUUUCCUGCUCAGAGACAUUGAGAGGAGCUAUUGAGUUUGUUAAACUAAACUACCGUUCCAACCUUCAACGUAUUGCAGUCAUUGAUGCAGAACAGUUAUCCAAAACACGUGGGAUAAUAAUACAUGAUUUGAAGGCGCUGCGUCAGGAUCUCGAAACAGAUAGAGCAAAACGACUUGCAGAUAGAUUCGACGAGGUUGUUAUAGAAGGAAAUAUCGGGCAAGAGUGUAUUGUCGAAGUGUUUAAGAUUGAAGGAUACAAAGGCAACUAUCAGCCGCCAGUAUCUCUUUACAUUAAAGACGGCUUUUUUGAUGAAAGUAAAAUAAGAAAGACUAAGGUUCCAAGUUUGCUUAACUGUGAAUUGCCUCCAAAGGUGUCAUCAGAAUAACGAAGUAUAAAACAAUAGGAAAUACCAACGGGACCAUAUACUUGGAACUUCAAUAUUUUUUCAGUUGCGUUUUCCUUUAAAAUAUAUGUAUCUAUUAUGUUUAAUAUUGAACUUGACCCACACCUUUUAUAUAGUCCGAAUUACGCUUUUGCAUUAGUAUAUGUAAUGCAUCUCUGCGACGUAUACCAUAAACAAAAUGGAUUGUACAAAAUACUGGAUAGUAAAUGGUGAAUAACAAGUACUGUAAGGCUCAACAUUAAAGCUCCCUUCAAUCAGAUUUGUUUCCGGAAUAUUGCUUGUGCUACGUCUGAGAAUUAGUUGUGAAUCUUUGAAACUAGAGCGCCGCACAGAUUAAGUCACUUUUAACCACUAAUUAUUUCUCACUGUGGGAGACAUUGUAACACAUAGUCCCCGAAUCGUUUGUGUACUCAAAUCCUUUUUAACUACUUAGCAAACUUCGCUAACACAUGUAGACCUAAAGAGCCUUAAUGUUUAGGGAUCUUCAAAGGAGGAAUAAUGGGAUUGGAACAAUUGUAAAAUGUGUAUACUUGGUAUAAUUUAAUGCAUGUGUUGUUAAAUGCCUUUUGUUUUUAAUGACAGUUGCGAUAGCAGAUUAAAUGUAUUGUAUUUGA